UUAGUGAGUGUGCGUCUGUGAGAGAGAAUGGUUCAAAAAGUAUCAGAGAGUUGAGAGUUACAUGUAACGACUAUUUUCUCACUCCACGUAUUCUCCGUAUCUCCUCUGCGUUGGCCUCUGCAUCUCCUCCACGUGCCCCUCCGCAUCCUCUCCGCGUGCCCCUCAGCAUCCGCUUCCCGUCCCCCUCCACU